ACCCACUUGUGACGCACUCGUGGCUCUUUAGAAAGUGAUGACGUCACGUGAAAACGAUCUCCUGUCUGGGGACUGGUAUCGACAAGAGUUCGGUUCGUGGCCAACCGGCCUCUGGGUAUUGACACUACAGGUAGACGAUUUGAGAGAUUACCAGAUGGCGAUUACCUCACUUCACAUGAUUGGAAUUCUACGUCGGCGUCGGUAUUUUCGGCUUAUACUGGGCAUUGCAGUGAUAGUAUUCUUAACAUUACUUAUCAAGAGUAUCAUAGACCAUUUUACGCAACCUUUAGACCGAAUUGAUCUCAGAAAAUUUCCUAGUAAUUAUGACAUCAUUUCACCCGUGGCUGAACCACGAGGAUACUCCGAACAGUCUUUAUUUUUCUUAGUGAUCGUUUCAACCUCUCCAAAUAACGCGGAUAGGAGGACCAUGAUACGUCAAACUUGGGGAAAUUUCGACAGAAAUCGUUUGCCUGGCGAUCACCACUGGAAAGUUGUGUUUAUGAUGGGAAAAGCGGGGGCAGACGAAACGAACAACGCCAUCAUGUCGGAAUACCAAAAAUAUGGAGACUUGAUAAUUGGAAAUUACAUGGACCAGUAUAGAGCUAUCGUUACAAAAGUCUUAAUGGCAUUUCAGUGGGCAUCGAAAAUAAGAUGCAGUUAUAUUUUGAAGACGGAUGACGAUGUCUAUGUCGAUGUACCCAAGUUAGCACGAUGGCUGAUGAACGUUCGCAAAAAUCCAACUUCUUUUUAUGGCGGAGUUGUAUUUAGUGGAGGCGUUGUGAGAGACAAAACUCAUCGUCAUUACAUUUCCCGGGAAGAGCUAUCCUUGGAUUAUUUCCCAGCGUUUUGUAAAGGGUUUAUGUAUGUAAUUUCAUGGAGUUUAAUUCCAAAGAUGGUCGACUUGUCGAGACAUGUGACCAGGAUUGGACCUGACGAUGCAUACGUCGGUCUUUUGGCUUAUCAGCUUGGAAUAUCUCCUGUCAGAAUUGAAGGAUUUCUUCAAGCAGGUUGGUUACACUGGUGUGUAAGUUUUAUCAGCUUGUGUCAGUUGCGAGAGCUUCUUGGAAUCGGUGAUUCUCUUACUCCAGAUCAAGUAAGCUAUGUGGACCAAGUAAAGACGUCUGUGUCAAACACUGAGAGAUACACUGUUUGUAUAUCUCUACAUACAAAACUUUUUCUGCUUUUGUUUUUCUUUCCUACCUUUCUGUUGUUCUUAAUCUACAGGUGCUGCGGUAGAAGAGUUUGGCGUAGAUUUAAAAAAUAAAAAUAUGAGUACAGUUAAAAUGUCACAAAUGUUAAUUUUUAUGUGGGGGUGGAGGGGGGUGGGUGGGGUGCAGCUGGGAACAAGAGGGCAGGAAUUGCAAGUCUAUGGGCCUAGAUUGAGAUAAGUACUGCUGUCAAAGACGUUUCUGCUGACAACUGAAUUUGACAAUCAUGACAAUCGGUCACAAAAUGUAACGGAAGAAAGAAGGGCCUUCUCAUCUAUCAAUUCAAGCUACUACCGAAAAAGCAAGCGGUUGCAUUCUCA